AUGGAAGACUCAGCCGCCCCUGGAGAUGGGGAUGCAACUGAGGGUCCAUCAAAGGACAGCAUCAAGGUCAUCGACGUCGCCGCUCCGAAGGGAGACGCCGUGCUGGAUGUCACGUUCGAGACAUCCAAAGAGACACUUCGCGCAACCCGGAAGGCUACACAGCCACGGCCGGGUCAGAGGACUGCUCCUCCUCGGCCGCUUCUGCAGUCGACCAUCAGACGUGCAUAUCGAGUAGAUGUUGCGAUAUUGAAGAAGCAGUCUAAAUACUUUGACAACCUCCUUGGCGACACCCGCUUCGAGGAGGCCAGGACAGUUAUCGAUGGUCUCAAGGCCCUCUCGCUUAGAAAUGAGAAGCCCGGAGAGCUCGAUGCAAGCGAGCUGCCAUGGGUCAAGAUCAUUGACGAUGACGAGGCCACACGGUCCGCCGGUCGGGAGGCUGUCUUCGCAGACCUCCUGAGAAUUCUCCAUGGGAAGGAGACUGAAGUCAAGCCGCCGACCAUGCUAUAUGUCACUAAUCUGGCUGUCUUGGCUGACCAGUUCCUUUGCACUGGGCCAGUAUCAAGGUAUUUGAAUACCGGGAUCAAGUUCAAGUGGCCCGUUACCCAGGCCAGAGCGCCUCGAGAAGGUGGCCUCCGUAUAAAUGCUGCGACCGAGGAAGUGAUUCGCCAGAAGAUAUUGUCAUCUUGGCUACUCGAUCAACCCACAAAACUUCACGCUGCAACACGUGAACUCAUCUUAUAUGGCUCCCAUCAGUGGAGUCCAUACGCCGAGCCUGACGAGUCUCGAGGCGCCACUUGGUGGGAUCUCCAAGACGAUCUUGAAAGUAAGCAAGUCGUCACUCUUUUAUUAAAGUUACAUAUUGACUUGCCUAAGGAGAGCUGCAGUAUCGGCGCGAAUGUAUCUUGA